AUGUUCAAUUAUCUUCUUCCAUGCAAAACUCCAUUUCUGUUUUAUUCACUUUUCUGCUAUUUGUUUCUCCUGUUGAAUGCACCAUUUCCAGCUUUUGCAGUAAACACUUCUAAUGGAAAUCAGACGGAUCGGCUAGCUUUGCUUGCAAUGAAAGCUGAGAUAAUUCAUGACCCUUCUGGGGUGAUGAAGUCAUGGAAUGAUUCUGUCCAUUUCUGCAAUUGGGAAGGUGUCACUUGUGGAGUUCCUGAACAAAGAGUCACCACCUUGAACUUGAGCUCACAUGGCUUGGCGGGUUCGCUUUCUGUAUACAUUGGGAAUCUCUCUUUCCUUUCAAGACUUAACCUUGAGCUCAAUCACUUCCAUGGUGAAAUCCCACAAGAAGUUGGUCGUCUAUCCAGGCUCAGAUACUUGAAUCUCACCAACAACUCGUUUUCUGGUGAAAUCCCUUCUAAUCUCUCUGCCCGUUCUAAUCUCAUUUGGCUUCGUUUGGGGUUCAAUAAUUUGAUUGGAAGCAGCCCACAUCAGCUUGGUUCAUUGCAGAAGCUUGAGAGAGUUCAACUUCACUAUAACAAUCUUACAAGUCCACUUCCAGAAUCUUUAGGCAAUCUUUCCUCUGCUAGAUCUCUGUCCCUGGCAGUGAACAGUUUGGAAGGUACUAUUCCUGACACAUUGGGCAGAUUGAAGAACUUAGAAUUUCUUGGCCUUGGACUUAAUAAAGUCUCUGGUAUGGUACCUCCCUCAAUUUACAAUCUUUCAUCCAUGAAAAUGCUUACUUUUCCAUAUAAUCAGUUACAUGGGAGUUUGCCUUCAGACUCAGCUUUCACUCUUCCUAAUUUACAAGUCUUGAAUAUUGGUCACAACCAAUUCAGUGGAUUCCUACCGGAAUCACUGUCCCAUGCUACAAAUCUUGUUGAAUUGGAUAUCAAUGGAAGCAAUUUCACUGGAAAAGUCAAUAUCGAUUUUGGAGGCUCACCUAGUCUAUUGUGGCUAGUUCUUGCUUCUAAUUUCCUUGGGACACAAGAAAGUGGUGAUUUGCACUUUUUUGAUUUUUUGACAAGAUGCAGAAACCUUCAAGUUUUAGAUUUAAGUGAUAACCAAUUUGGAGGCAAGCUUCCAAAUUCGAUGUCAAAUCUCUCAACCCGACUUGUGACAUUGAGACUGAGUAGCAAUCAAUUGUCAGGAAGCAUCCCUACUGGAAUUGAGAACUUUGUCAACUUGACUGAAUUGACAAUUGCAAAAAACAAUUUAUCGGGGACAAUUUCUGCCAGUAUUGGUAACCUUCGGAUGCUACGAAGACUAGAUAUGUCGGAAAAUGAGUUUUCGGGCCACAUUCCAUCAUCACCAGCCAACAUCACUCAGUUGUAUUCUUUCCAUCUUGAAAAGAACAACUUUACGGGGUCUAUUCCUUAA